AUGAAUAUAUUUAAAUUUUAUAACAUUUAUUUAUCACUAGCUGUUCUGGGAUUUGUACAUAUACAAUCUAAUUGUGAUGGCAUAAAUUAUUCUUUGUUCCCAAUUCAAUUUAAUAAUAAUAUAUAUAGAAGGAUCUUGUCUACCAAUGAAUCUGCUAAUGUUGUUGUUGAGACAGCAAACGAAGAAAAUUUUAUUAAUCCGAUUGAACAUAUUGAGAAACUUGAAGAAUUAUGUUCUUCUAAUAAUAGAGAAGAAACAAUAAAACAAUAUUUACAUAAAAUAGGUAGUAGUAAUACUCAUGGUUUUGGCGCUUCUUCAUUAAAUCUUGCUAACAGUUUAUUAACAUUAUGUAAUUUUGAUAAUGAGAACAUAUUAAAUGAUCAUAAAUUAUUAAACCAAUUUUUGAAUGGAGAUGUAUCAAAUAUAUUCAAUGAAAAUAAAUCAUUAUUUAAAGAUUUAUUGAAUAAAGAUAUUUGUGAUACAUAUGAAAUAAAUUUUGAUGAAAAUAGUAAAUGCACAUUAUUAACAAACAAAAAUGAUUUACAAAUAAAUAAAGACAUAAAAUUAUUGAGAAAUGAAUCCGAAGAAACCAAUAAAUUAUUAGACCUAUGGAAAAGCGUCGUAAAAAAUGAAGAAAACAAAUUUAACCUUUUAAAAAGAAGUUUAUAUAAUCAAUAUUUGAAACUUCGAAAUAGAAGUAGAUUACCACAUAAUAAAUUGAAUGACAUAUUAAAUGAAUGUAAUAUGGUAGUUAAAAAAUAUAAUAAUAAUGAUGAUAAGACUAUUAAUGAAAUUUUUAAUAAAUGGUCAACUGUUACUCCUCAUAAUAUAUUUGAAUUUAGAAUAUUUGUAAUGGCUUAUAGAUUAACAUGGAGAACAUUAAUAAAAAAUGUACAUACAGAAUAUACAGAAUUAUUAAAAAGAUCAUUUAAAUAA